AUGCGUAAGUCCUUGCGGCGUGUCGCCCAAGGGGGUUCGUCGGCGGGAAGGGCUAUACGGGCCGAAAAACAGGCGCGAUUGAAAGGUCUAAGUGCUCAAUAUGUAUGCGUCGCUUCUCCAUUCGUGUAUAUCUCUUGCACAAGACAAGCAUGUGCGACUUUUGGCUCUCCUGCACUUCCCCUCAUAAACUACCUGCUUCGGGUGUUUGCUGCUGCGAAUCAUGUGCCCAUAGGGUUUGUGGACCCCUCUACGGUGCGCUUUUCUUAUCGUUACGGCAUAUGCCCCGCCAGCUCUCCUGCAUGCGGCCCGAUCGGGGGAAACCUCCCGCUCAGCACUGCCUCGUCUAAGGAGCCCUCGUCUCCGGCUCAGGCAAAACGCCUCCGGUUCCGCAACAAUACAGCGGAUGGCUCACGGGGGUUCAUGUUAUUUGCGGGCGAAGGCGAGGAGGAGCUGGUGCAGAAGGUGAAGGAGGUGGUUGCUGAGCAGUUAGGGGCAGAUAUCAGCAAGAUAACUCCACAGUCACACUUCAUAAAGGAUUUGGAGGCGGAUAGUUUGGACAGCGUUGAACUGGUCAUGGCGUUUGAGGAGAAAUUUGGCGUCAGCAUCCCCGACGAAGAAGCCACAAAGAUCACAACGGUUCAGGAGGCGGUCGACUAUAUCCGAAAGAACAAGUGCGCUUGA